AAAGCUAACCAGGCAGAUCAACAUGACACUCCACUGUACAGUGGUUGUAGCUUGUUUUGACUGCAGCACUCUGUGUCAUAACUCAUAAUUAUCUCACUUGACAAUCCAUAUUCAGGCUCGGUGCAUGUAAACACAGGUAGGCAUCUUUCCCAACAGGAUGUUUGCUUCAUCCACGCACUUCUCAACAAGAAAGGCGCCGGGGAAUUUGUCUUCUCAACAUGAUAUUGUUCUACCUUCAUUUGGUGAGGCUGCAACACAACCAGUUUUUAUUUGUCAUGCUGAGGCGUCAGCAGGUUCCCAGUGUGAGUUCAGAGUGUAAAACUGAGGAAGCUGCUCAGUUCUCUGCCGGCAGCCAACUGACAGGAAGGAAGGAACAACUACUGCGCAGCGACUCAACAGAAACUUGCUACUUUUAUCUUCAAUUCCUUCUUAAAAGGUUGAACAUCUUUCGUUCUCGGGGCUCUGUGGAAACCUACAUACAUGCUGGGAAAGAGGGGGAACUGGAGCUUAUCAGCACCCCUCCUCCUCCAGCCCUUCUCCAAUGCACAAUAUCCUCUUUUAAACCCAGCCACCCCCCAUUUUCAUGUUGCCCCUUUGGUUUAAAUGUGGCACAUGCAAACUGUUUAGAUGAUUGCCUAAGCAGAUGGUGCCGUGUGUGGACUAGAAGCUGAGACAAAACUCAGAGGGACUCCUCAGCUGUCAUGGGAUGCUGCAGUGUGACCCAGAGGCAUACCGGAGUGGAUGAGGUGGGCCCUGAUGAGAUCGAGCUCCUGGAACUUUCUGGAGACAAUUUAGGAGUGUGGAGUCUGUCAGAAACCAGGCUUCAGCUGUCAGUGAGGAACAGUAGGGAUGAGCAGCUGCCACCACCACCACCACCACCACGCAAGCCUUCAAUACGACACCAGGAACAAGAGGUGGUGCUGUGGGGCAGGAGCAGAGAUGAACUUCAUCACAGGAUUUACUCCCAGCAGCCAAUCAGGGGCUGGGAGGGCCAGCCGGCCCACAUGUAUGGAGAGAUCAUCCACUCCUCCCUGGCUUCUCUCUACAACAGCUACACACAGGAAACCAGUGAACACUUGUUGGUGUUGUUCUCUUUUCACUUGCUGAUCCUCUCUCUUGAUCACUCCCGACAAGACUUCAUUUAUGAGGGCAUCCUUCCCCUCUCUGGACUUUCUUUCCAAGUCGUCUCCCUGGAGCCUGUUGCAUCACAUUCACCACACAUGUUUGAGAUCAGCAGUCCAAUGGUAGACUCCAAGGUGUUCAUAUGUGCCAGUGCUGCAGAGUUACAGAAAUGGAUGCAGCACAUAGAAGACAGAAGAUACAAAUCCACAACGCAACCCAUGAGCCCCUCCCACUGCUCUCUCUCCUAUCUAUUAUCAUGUGAUGAGCACUGGAAAAGAGAAGAGCUGAAAAAAUACAUACUGCAAGCUCCAAUAUGGCAGUGGGAGGGCUCACCCAUACAGCACAUGGGUCAUCCAGGAUACAUUUCCAUUGUUCAUAUCAUCAACACACAGACACAGGGACUCCAAGAAAGACUGAUGGUUCUCUUCCCUCAAGACGUCCUGCUGCUGUCUGUUGACAACAAGAGGCUGAAUAUAAAAUAUGAGGGCAGGUUGGCCCGACAGAGCAUCAAAGCCAUAGAGAGAUCAGCUUCACCAGGAUGGCUGGAGUUUGAGCUGAGAGGUGAGCUGGUAGAGCCUCUGCAGGUCUCUUGCACCUGCCUGGAGGAUUAUCAAAACUGGAUUUUUCAUUUACAACAGGCUUUCUCUUUCAUCCACAGCCAGACAGAAGCAGCCACGUUACUGUGAGUCACGCUCCACCUCCAGUCCUGCCAAAGAUGCAGAGGAGCAGGAAAGAGUCCCAGGACCCCAUGAUCACAGCCGAACAGUGUCACAUCAACGGACGCAGCUGACUCAUCGGAAUGGAGAAAAGCUUCAAAAGUCACUAAUUCUAAAUCAACAAUCUCAUGUAGAUAAUAUGUACAUAUUACUUUACUUUGCCACAGUAGGAAGAUACAGCAGUGAAGAAACAUUCCCGCUCUAAUUGUGAUACCCACUGAGCAUUAGAUCCAAUUUGAACAUUGCAGUGUAAUUUGAAACUUAUAUAGCCUAGAAUGUAUAAAGAUAGGCCAGUUUUAGUCCAGCCAGUUUACUUCUUUAUUACAUAAUUCACAUGAACAGCUAUGGCAAUAAAAAAUUAAAAGAUAAAAAUAAUUUGUGUUGUCAUUUCCUGAUGGUGCAGUUUGUCAGGGCUAGACAGAGCCAAAUGUUAGCCUAAACAUAAACUGUAUCACCAAAACAACUAUGAUUGUCCAGAGAUGAACAUGUAAUGUACCAUGAAACAAUUAACUGAUUGCUGUUAAAUGGUGCUAUGCUUAACAUAAGAGAUUCUGAUCUACCUGGUCUGAUCAGGUAGGCACAGAGAGAAUCUGGCCUACUGCUAUGCUAAUUUAUGAAUUACUUCAUAUCUAUACACUGCCAUCUUUAAAAGCUAAUAUGUGCUCUAAGAUGCGCUACAAAGAAGCACAACUGCAGUCCAAAUUAUGCUAAAUUUAUCUGAAUUGUCAUUUCUAGAUCAAGGCAUUACUCAUCACUGAUGUUUUAAAGAUAAAUAAGUUCAUGACAUUUAUAUAUAUGUAUAUAUUAAUCUAUAUCGUACUGUCUCAACGCUUCUCACAUGGUGAGGUAAUUUGUGUGGACGUCUGGACUGUCACAAUGCCCAACAGUAUUCCCUCUGCCUCGUAACACAUAUCAAAUAUGUGAUAUGAGCCUCUAGUGUGAGCUGAAUCUGUGAAACGACUGAUUGACAGCGUCACAGUUUUGAUGCCUGGUUGGCCUUUAAUCAUGUUUAGUUUGUUUUAACAGAUAGAUGUAUAUAUCUAAACGUACAGCAUUGAAAUGAUGUUGAAACAAAGGUAGGUGUGAUUUAGACCUCUACUAAACUUUCACAAAAUUUGAUCUGAUUUUAGCCUAGAAGACUGUGGUCCGGUCCAAGUCUGCAUCCUAAGGCCUAAACACAAAACCCUCACAGACCUAAAUGAUGUCACGGCUGCUUUAGUGUGAGAUCAUGAAGUAGUAUUAAAAAGAGGAACAGGACACACUAUAGUGGCAGCACAUGUAGCUCAAAUCUGGACUCGUGCUUCACUCAUAGUUGGAUCAGCUGCUGAGGUGUUGACUCGUUUAUUGCGACAUUACAGCAUUUAUACAUUUUACCAAUCACUGACCACAACAACAUGCAGCCAGAUGUUUAGUUUGUGAAUAUUCUGUGGAGGGCGAGACAUCCACAGUUCUGAGGCAAGGGAAAUGAGACUUCACACCCAGAGGGCAUGGCAGAGGUGUGAAUAACUAACCAGCAUCUGGCAGGUCUGUCUCACAUUACUCAGGACAUCCACUGAAUGAAACCAGACAUGAAAACAAACAAACAAAUAAAAAAAACUGCAUGAUCAUUGGUUGAUAGAUCGUUGCUGUUGGCCAACCACGGGGCUAUUAUAAUACCCCCCGAGCCACACAUAAUAAUUAUUAUUGUUAUUGUUAAUAAUACUUUAGUAAAUACACUACUAUUCAAAAGUUUGGGGUCACCCAGACAAUUUCAUGUUUUCCAUAAACUCACACUUUUAUUAAUGUGCUAACAUAAUUGCACAAGGGUUUUCUAAUCAUCAAUUAGCCUUUCAACACCAUUAGCUAACACAAUGUAGCAUUAGAACACAGGAGUGAUGGUUGCUGGAAAUGUUCCUCUGUACCCCUAUGGAGAUAUUCCAUUAAAAAUCAGCUGUUUCCAGCUAGAAUAGUCAUUUAUCACAUUAACAAUGUCUAGACUGUAUUUCUGAUUCAUUUAAUGGUAUCUUCAUUGGAAAAAAAAACUGCUUGUCUUUCAAAAACAAGGACAUUUCUAAGUGACCCCAACCUUCUGAACGGUAGUGUAUGUAAUAUGUAAAAUAUGUAGUAUUUGUAAAUCUGCAUACUUGUUAUUGUUAACCAAUGGGCUAUCCUACAAUCAAUGGCAAUUUAUUGAAAGGGCAAAAAAGACAUGUUGAAAAGUAGCAGAAAAAGUAGUUUUAUUGAACAAUAGUAUAGCUGCAAUAGUUCUAAUUGUGUAAAGAAACAUUCAAAUUUAAAGAUACUGAAAUUGCUUUAAAAUAUCCUCAGAAAUGAAAGUUCAACAAAAAACAUGUACAAAUUUUCAAAAACAAAUUUUGAAAAGUCAAAGAAAAGGCCAAGUUGUGGUCCAUUUCUCUGGACUGGACAUAGCACGUCACUGCCAACUACUGGCCAGUAGCUUGGGCACCAGACAGGGUUAAAGUGUCUUUUUGCUGCCUCUGGGUCAUAUUUAUUUGGUGCCAUUUGACCUGAUGGUUGUAAGUCACUAAAUGUACACUUAGUGGGAAUAUGUCUCAAAGUCUGUGAGUUUGUGAGUGUGAAAGUUGGGAUUGAGCCGAUGUACUAGUUAGGUGUUCUUUAGAUGUUUUAUCAAUGGAAAAUUGCUCAGUGGGUAUAUUUGGAUGAGUUUGUAACUCUGACUGAAAACAUACUUGUAGCUUUCUUUUAUGUGGUGACUCACAAUAAAAAGCCAUGACCUGGUUUACAAGCAGCUGAAGAAUGUUAGACACUGUAGACUUAAAUAAAGUCCUCACAACAUAGUAUAUUUAUUU